AACUAUGAUGCGUGUGAGCUUCAGAGACUCUGAGAGAGAGAGAGAGAGAGAGAGAGUGAGGAAAGUAACCGACGACUCUCUCUCUCACUUGCAUUGAGUUCGGUUGCGUUCUGUUUCAGAUCGUGGCUCGUCAAGUGAAGUUCGUUCAGAUUCCCACUGUUCUAUUUCCUCACUUGGUUCAGAAAUGAGCGAGAAUCUUAGCGGAGGCUGCAGAUUCUCUGAUUCAUAAACUACGGUGUAGUGUGAAUUAGGUUUAUCGUUGUUACACUGUCGUGAAAAGGACUAGGAGUUGAGCGGUGAAAAUUCCUUGGAAUCAUGGGCUUGUUCUGAAUUUCGAUUAGCUUGUUAAUUGGUUGGAACGAAUAUUGAGUUAAAAGCGAGAAAUGGGAGCUAUUGCUGGAGAAGAGCUGUUGAAAUGGGAGAAGAUGCAAGGAGCGAGUGGUCGUGAAGAGAAGAUUCUUGUGUCAAUAAGGCUGAGGCCUUUGAGUGAGAAGGAAAUUGCGGCUAAUGAAUCAGCAGACUGGGAAUGCAUCAAUGAUACUACCAUCUUGUACCGGAACACACUGCGUGAGGGUUCCACUUUUCCUAGCGCCUACACAUUUGACAGAGUAUUUCGUGGUGACUGUGUCACAAGGCAGGUAUAUGAGGAAGGAGCCAAAGAAGUUGCUCUUUCGGUUGUUGGUGGAAUUAACUCAAGUAUUUUUGCAUAUGGGCAAACAAGUAGUGGAAAGACAUACACGAUGAUUGGAGUAACCGAAUAUGCUGUAGCAGAUAUUUUUGACUAUAUAAAGAGGCAUGAAGAAAGAGCAUUUGUAUUGAAGUUCUCAGCAAUUGAAAUUUACAAUGAAAUUGUUAGAGACCUCCUAAGCACUGACAACACUCCACUUAGACUGCGGGAUGAUCCUGAGAGAGGACCCAUUUUAGAGAAACUUACAGAGGAGACUCUACGGGACUGGGUGCAUUUAAAAGAGCUCCUAGCCUUCAGUGAAGCUCAGAGACAGGUGGGAGAGACAUACCUGAAUGAAAAGAGUUCUAGAUCUCACCAAAUUAUCAGAUUGACAAUGGAAAGUUCUGCCAGGGAAUUCCUGGGCAAAGGAAACUCAGCCACCCUUGUAGCUAGUGUGAAUUUUGUUGAUUUGGCAGGGAGUGAGCGUGCAUCUCAGGCAUCAUCAGCUGGGAUGAGAUUGAAAGAAGGAUGUCAUAUAAACCGGAGUUUGCUUACUCUUGGAACAGUUAUUCGUAAGCUUAGUAAGGGAAGACAUGGUGGACACAUAAAUUACAGAGAUUCCAAGUUGACACGCAUACUGCAGCCUUGCUUGGGUGGCAAUGCUAGAACAGCUAUCAUUUGCACUUUGAGCCCUGCACGAAGCCAUGUUGAGCAAACCAGAAACACACUUCUUUUUGCUUGUUGUGCAAAAGAAGUAACCACUAAAGCACAGGUUAACGUAGUGAUGUCUGAUAAAGCAUUGCUGAAGCAUUUGCAAAAAGAGGUGGCCAGAUUGGAGAGUGAGUUGAGAACUCCUGGUCCUGCUAUCUCCAAUUGUGAUUAUGCAGCAUUGUUGAGAAAGAAAGAUCUCCAGAUAGAAAAGAUGGAGAAGGAGAUCAGGGAACUAACUAAGCAACGUGAUCUUGCUCAAUCAAGGGUUGAGGAUUUGCUGCGCAUGGUUGGAAAAGAGCAGAUAUCUGGAAAUGAAGGGGAAGAUAUAUGGGAAGAUGACUGUUCGGUAUCAGAGGGCUCAAGCAUUUGUGGUACUCAUCGUCCUGAUACACGCAUUAAAGAGUUCAACAAUCCUCAUUUUAAUGAUGGGGACAGUGGAAGUAAUCUUGAUGAAGACCCUGAUGAAUACUGCAAAGAAGUUCGAUGUGUUGAGUUGGAGGAGUCAAGCAGAGACAAUCUUGAUCCAUCGCUAAGUGACAACGGGGAGUUGGCUCUAGCAGGGGAUGAAAAUGGAACAAGCCAGGAAAUAUCUACAGAAGACAGUCAGAUCCAAGAAAAUUCAACGUAUGGAGUGCUGGAGCAGAGAUUGCACGAUGUACAGUCAACCAUUGAUUCUCUUGUAUGUCCUUCCCCUGAUGAACAAUCUCCACCGGCCACCUCAGAAAGAGGAGAAAUACAGAGGACUCCAGCCAGUGGGUUUGAAAAAGGAUUUCCCGGAAGGCCAGAUGGUUUGCGGGGAAAGUUUCCUCCAUUAAAUUAUGAUGGUUCCACAAGAUUGUUAAGGAACGGUUCUCAGUCUUCCGUUGGAAGUCCUUCUGUGGAUGAGCUUAGAGUGAGCAGCAUGAGAACGUCUGCUGAUGAGGAUAUUACUAGCAUCCAGACGUUUGUUGCUGGGAUGAAAGAAAUGGUCAAACUUGAAUAUGAGAAGCAGCUUGUUGACGGACAGGAUCAGGAUACAGAGAGAAAACCAUUUAGGCUUGAGAGGAACGUGAAAGAUGCGGGUGUGGAUCCAAUGUUGGAGGCACCUGGAACUCCUUUAGACUGGUCUCUGCAAUUCAGAAGACAGCAAAAAGAGAUAAUUGAACUGUGGCAAUCUUGCUGUGUACCAUUGACCCACCGGACCUACUUCUUUCUUCUCUUCAAGGGUGAUCUAACAGACUCUAUUUACAUGGAGGUAGAGCUUAGAAGACUAGCUUUCCUCAAAGAAACAUUUUCUGAUGGAAACCAGUCUGUGAAAGAUAGUCAGACAAUUACACUAGCUUCAAGCGUUAAAGCUCUUCGCCGAGAAAGAGGAAUGCUGGUGAAGCUUAUGCAGAGGAGGCUUUCCGAGAAAGAGAGAAAUAGACUCUUCGAGGAGUGGGGCAUUGCAUUGGAUUCAAAGCGGAGGAGGAUGCAGCUAGCGAACCGCUUAUGGAGUGAAACUGAUAUGAACCACGUAAUGCAAAGUGCUACAAUAGUUGCCAAGUUAGUCAGGUUUUGGGAGCGGGGCAAGGCCCUCAAGGAGAUGUUUGGGCUUAGCUUCACACCUCAAAUUACUGGUCGAAGAUCUUAUCCAUGGAUAAAUAGCUGAGCAUCUCUACUAUAUUUGGGUUUUGUUUUUUAUUUUUGGCCCAAACGUGUACAGCGUUUAGAGAAACUUUAUCAGCUUCUGAUUGAUCAUCACCCUGUUCCACUUGCUCUUCAUUCUUUCUUCGACACAAACGAGACAAAUGCCUCUCCAUUGAGAUAAGUUAUGUGUGAGAUCCGUCCUGAAUAUAGGCAAUUUGGGCGGCUCCGUCUUUGUUGUGAUUUUGGUGUACCAUUUGACGAGUUGAGACUCUCUUUUUCCUUUUCUUUUCUUUCUUGGUGCGAGGUUUGUUGUGUUGUUUGCUCUGUUGUAAACUCCCUUGAUUAUCACUCUCCCUCACCCUGGACAAAAUCAUAUAUACAGUUGUAUAUUGCACUGAGUAGAUUAGUGGAGCUUACUUUUUAUUAAUACUUGUGGAUCGGCUAGUGUUUUUAAUUUAUGUGGUUACUAAAUCAUCACUGUUUAACUAUAUGAUAAUAUUUCUUCUUUUUU